AUGCUGGGCUCGCUAUAUGCGUUAGGAACAGACGCAACAUUGACCCACGAUAGAAAGUACCUGAAGACUGAGAUAGAAAGACAUAAGCCUGCUUUGGGUUCCAGCCUCGGCGCGUUCAGUUCUACAUUCCCUGUGGCGUUUUUGGAACCACAUCUGAACAAGCACAACCAAUUUUCACUUCUCAACAGGAUCGCAGACCAUUCACUAGAAGCGCAAGAUAUAAUGCAGAAAAUGGAACAAUGUAUGCCUACAUUAGAAACGAUCCUGGGCGAAGUGGAUCAAUUUGUUGAGUCGGAUAAGACGUACAAUGAAGCUCCUCACAUAAUAGACGUGGUGCUACCACUGUUGUGCUCCUACCUGCCUUUCUGGUGGGCUCAGGGGCCUGACAAUGUCACACCUACUGGCGGAACCCACGUUACAAUGGUAACAGCAGAACAUAUGAACCAACUGCUCAAGAAUGUUCUCAAACUGAUCAAGAAGAACAUCGGUAACGAGAACGCGCCCUGGAUGACUCGCAUCGCUACUUACACCCAACAAAUCAUCAUCAACUCCUCGGAGGAACUACUGAGGGACUCCUUCUUGCCACUGGCUGAGAGAGUGAGGAAGAGGACUGAUAACAUGUUCCAUAAGGAAGAGAGUUUAAGAGGUUUUAUUAAAUCUUCAACCGAUGACACUUCACAAGUGGAGUCUCAGAUCCAAGAAGAUUGGCAACUAUUGGUUCGUGAUAUUUACUCCUUCUACCCGCUGCUCAUCAAGUACGUGGACUUGCAGAGGAACCACUGGCUCAGGAACAAUGUACCAGAGGCAGAAGAGCUAUACAACCACGUAUCUGAAAUAUUCAACAUUUGGUCCAAGAGUCAGUACUUCUUAAAGGAGGAACAGAACUUCAUCUCGGCGAAUGAGAUUGACAACAUGGUCUUGAUUAUGCCAACGGCUACAAGAAGAGUCACAGCAGUGAGUGAUGGAACUCCUCAGGGAGGCGGCAAGAAAAAGAAGAAAAACCGCGACAAGAAGCGUGACAAAGACAAGGAAGUCCAGGCGUCGCUGAUGGUAGCCUGUCUCAAGAGGCUGCUGCCAGUCGGGCUGAAUCUCUUCGCGGGCAGGGAACAAGAGCUGGUACAGCACUGUAAAGAUAGAUUCCUUAAGAAAAUGUCUGAACAAGACGUGGCGGAAUUUGCAAAGACCCAGCUCACGCUGCCAGACAAGAUAGACCCAGCUGACGAGAUGUCAUGGCAACACUACUUGUACUCCAAGCUUGGCUCCAAAUCCAAGACCAACAUCAUCAUGGAGACAGCCGAGAACAAAGCCAAGAUUAUUGAUGAUACGGUCGAGAGAAUCGUCGCUAUGAGUAAAGUGCUUUUUGGAUUGCAUAUGAUCGACCAUCCACAACAAAUGAGUAAGAACGUGUACCGCUCUGUGGUGUCCAUACAACGCAAGCGCGCAGUCAUCGCUUGCUUCAGACAGACUUCUCUACAUUCUUUACCAAGACACAGAGCGUGUAACAUAUUCGCCCGUACUUACUACGAGCUGUGGUUGGAAGAAGAAAAUGUUGGACAAGAAGUUAUGAUUGAAGAUUUAACGCAAUCUUUUGAGGACGCUGAGUUAAAGAAGAGUGACGUAGUCGAAGAAGAUGGCAAGCCGGAUCCUCUCACACAACUGGUCACAACGUUCUGCCGAGGAGCUAUGACUGAACGAUCUGGAGCGCUGCAGGAGGAUCCUCUCUACAUGUCUUACGCGCACAUUAUAGCAAAAUCAUGCGGAGAAGAGGAGGAAGAAGGUGGCGGAGAGGAAGAAGAAGGGGGCGGAGAAGCUGAGGGAGAAGAGGAAGGAAGAGCUAGUAUUCACGAACAAGAAAUGGAGAAACAGAAGCUCCUCUUCCACCAAGCACGUCUGGCUGACCGAGGUGUGGCAGAGAUGGUGCUGCUGCACAUAUCAGCUUCUAAAGGAUUGCCCAGUGAAAUGGUUAUGAAGACUCUACAGCUGGGCAUCUCUAUACUGCGUGGGGGCAAUAUUGAUAUACAAAUGGGUAUGCUGAAUCACUUGAAGGACAAAAAAGACGUGGGUUUCUUCACAUCGAUAGCUGGUCUCAUGAAUUCUUGCUCCGUACUGGAUCUGGAUGCAUUUGAAAGGAACACCAAAGCAGAAGGUCUUGGUGUUGGUCUCGAGGGAGCUGCUGGAGAGAAGAACAUGCACGAUGCUGAAUUCACUUGCGCGCUAUUCAGGUUUAUUCAGCUGACUUGUGAAGGUCACAAUUUGGAUUGGCAAAACUAUCUCCGAACUCAGGCCGGUAACACGACGACUGUGAACGUGGUCAUCUGCACCGUGGACUAUCUGCUGCGACUGCAGGAGUCCAUCAUGGAUUUCUACUGGCAUUACUCGAGCAAGGAACUAAUCGACCCGGCUGGAAAAGCGAACUUCUUCAAGGCGAUAGGUGUCGCGUCACAAGUGUUCAACACGCUCACUGAAGUUAUCCAGGGGCCUUGUACGCAGAAUCAACAAGCCUUGGCACAUUCAAGAUUGUGGGACGCGGUCGGAGGUUUUUUGUUCCUGUUCUCGCACAUGCAAGACAAGUUGUCCAAACAUUCCUCUCAAGUGGACUUGCUGAAGGAACUCCUCAACUUGCAGAAGGACAUGAUUACCAUGAUGUUGUCUAUGCUUGAAGGAAACGUCGUCAACGGAACAAUUGGUAAGCAGAUGGUGGACACUCUGGUAGAAUCGGCUUCGAACGUGGAACUGAUCCUCAAGUACUUCGACAUGUUCCUGAAGCUAAAGGACCUCACCUCCAGCCCCAGUUUCCAGGAGAUUGACGGUAACAACGACGGGUGGGUGCUGCCCAAGGACUUCAAGGAGAAGAUGGAACAGCAAAAGAGUUACACGCCAGAAGAAAUAGAGUUCCUCCUGGCCUGCUGCGAGACCAACCACGACGGCAAGUUGGACUAUAUUGGGUUCUGUGACCGCUUCCACGAGCCGGCCAAAGAAAUUGGUUUUAAUUUGGCCGUACUCCUCACCAACUUGUCUGAACACAUGCCCAAUGAACCCAGACUAGCCCGUUUCCUGGAGACAGCAGGCUCCGUUUUGAACUACUUCGAGCCAUUCUUAGGGCGUAUCGAGAUCAUGGGUGGUUCCAAGAGAAUCGAGCGAGUUUACUUCGAGAUCAAGGAGUCUAACAUCGAGCAGUGGGAGAAACCGCAAAUUAAGGAAUCAAAACGCGCAUUCUUCUACUCGAUCGUAACAGAAGGUGGAGAUAAAGAGAAGUUGGAAGCGUUUGUAAACUUCUGUGAGGACGCCAUCUUUGAAAUGACCCACGCGUCCGGCCUCAUGGCGGCCAGCGAACCUUCAGCUGGAGGACCCAAGAACAGAGAAGCCAGUUAUAUGUAUAUGGGAGAUGAUGAUGAUGAACGAGCCGGCAAAGACCCCUUCCGCCGCGGUCUCCAGUCAGUGAAAGACGGCUUCUCCACGGCAUUCUCAUCCUUAUCUCCUUCUAACAUAAAGCAGAAAAUAGCGGACCUCCAUCAAAUGCCUCCCGCGGAACUAGCUGUGGGCUUCUUCAAAAUGUUCUUCUAUCUGUUCUAUUACUUCGGAUACGGAGUUUUAAUAGUUGUUAGGUACAUAUUUGGUGUUCUGUUGGGGCUGAUGCGGGGUCCUCAGGUGGAGGAGAUACCUCCUGAGCCUACGGAAGAGGAGAAAAUCGGUUCUCGACACUUGCCUGCAUUACCACCUGCUGAUGACACCGGACAGAUACAAGUCUCUGCUUUCGGACUAGACAUCACCAAAGAAGACAAUGGACAGAUACAGGUAAAACCACACGAAUCUCCGAGCACAUCAACGCCAUCUUCCUGCGAGGAAGCUGAAGUGUCACCAGAUGAAGGUGCUGACCAUUCUGAGGAGCAACGACCACCAUCUCUAAUUGAUCUCUUAGGUGGAGAACAAGCAAAGAAGCAAGCUCAAGAGAGGAUGGAAGCACAGGCCGUACAACAGGCUGCCAUGACGGCCAUAGAAGCUGAGAGUAAAAAGCAAGCUGUGCAGGGCCCGUCUCCAUCGGCGUUGCAGCAAGUGGACUUGUCUCAGUACACACGCCGGGCAGUCUCUUUCUUAGCGCGUAACUUCUACAAUCUGAAGUAUGUCGCGCUCGUGUUGGCUUUCUGCAUCAACUUUGUACUGUUAUUCUAUAAGGUAUCUACAUUGGACGCUGAAGUUGGCGAAGGUUCAGGAAUUGGCGACAUCAUUGCUGGGUCUGGAUCGGGCCAGGGGUCUGGAAGUGGCGACGGAGGUAGCGGCGAGUCGGGAGAAGAGGAAGAUGCGUUAGAAGUGGUGCAUAUAGACGAGGACUUCUUCUACAUGGAGCACAUAAUCAAAGUGGCCGCCAUGAUGCACUCCAUCGUCUCAUUGGCCAUACUCAUAGGAUACUACCAUCUUAAAGUGCCCCUGGCCAUCUUCAAGCGCGAGAAGGAGAUAGCACGUAAGCUGGAGUUCGACGGUCUGUACAUCGCGGAACAGCCUGAAGACGACGACCUCAAGAGUCACUGGGACAAGCUCGUUAUAUCUGCCAAAUCAUUUCCGGUGAACUAUUGGGACAAGUUCGUGAAGAAGAAAGUUCGAGCCAAGUUCUCAGAGACUUACGACUUCGACUCAAUCUCCAAUAUGCUUGGAAUGGAGAAGACUUCCUUCUCUGCACAAGAAGAAGAGGGUAGCAAGGGAUUGAUCCACUAUAUUAUCAACAUCGACUGGCGUUACCAAGUGUGGAAGGCGGGAGUAACAAUCACAGACAACUCCUUCCUCUACUCCCUGUGGUACUUCUCAUUCUCCGUGAUGGGCAACUUCAACAACUUCUUCUUUGCCGCCCAUCUGCUUGACGUGGCCGUCGGAUUCAAGACGCUGAGGACCAUUCUGCAGUCCGUCACACAUAAUGGCAAGCAGCUGGUACUGACGGUGAUGUUGCUCACCAUCAUAGUAUACAUCUACACGGUCAUCGCGUUCAACUUCUUCCGCAAGUUCUACGUGCAGGAGGAAGAUGAUGAAGUCAACAGGAACUGCCACGACAUGUUAACGUGCUUCGUGUUCAACCUGUACAAGGGCGUGCGCGCGGGCGGCGGCAUCGGCGACGAGCUGGAGCCGCCCGACGGGGACGACUCCGAGGUGUACCGCAUCAUCUUCGACAUCUCCUUCUUCUUCUUCAUCAUCGUCAUCCUGCUCGCCAUCCUGCAGGGUUUGAUUAUCGACGCUUUUGGAGAGCUCCGUGACCAGCUGGAGUCGGUCAAGGAAGACAUGGAGUCCAACUGCUUCAUAUGUGGCAUUAAUAAAGACUAUUUUGAUAAAGUACCGCACGGGUUCGAUACUCACGUCCAAAGAGAACAUAAUUUAGCAAACUACAUGUUCUUCCUCAUGCAUCUCAUCAACAAACCUGACACGGAAUAUACUGGUCAAGAAACCUACGUAUGGAACAUGUAUACACAAAGGUGCUGGGACUUCUUCCCGGUGGGAGAUUGUUUCAGAAAGCAAUAUGAAGACCUAAUGGGAGAGUAG